CCUAAAUGAGACUAGCCUAGUUAAGCCUGAUCUUUUUCUGUUUGUGAAAAAGAGCUGAGCAGAGCUAGGGACUGCAUGGUGGCUCCAGGAACGGCUUCCUUAAUUCAAAGAUAACAAUGGUUGGGAAGGCCAGAUCUUCUAAUUUUACCUUAUCUGAAAAGCUUGAUUUGCUAAAACUCGUGAAGCCGUAUGUUAAAAUUCUCGAGGAACAUACCAAUAAGCAUUCUGUAAUAGUGGAAAAAAACAAAUGCUGGGAUAUUAUAGCUGAUAACUACAAUGCCAUCGGAGUAGAUCGCCCUCCUCGUACUGCACAGGGCCUGCGCACGCUGUACAAGAGGCUCAAAGAAUAUGCCAAACAGGAGCUAUUGCAGCAAAAGGAGACUCACUCAGAUUGUAAAAGCAGCAUUUCCGAGCCAACCAAGAAAGUUGUGGAAAUGAUUCCACAGAUUUCCAAUGUGUGUUUAAGAGACAGGAGCGGUGUUCAAAGUGCUAGUAUCGAUAAAGAAACAAUUGCUGGUACCAGUUCACCACAGGCAAUGUUGGAUCACCAUCCUGCGACAGUCAUGAUGGACUUGCAGUCAGAAGAGGAUGUCAAACCUCCUCCUUCUCUGAUUAUAGACUCACAGCAAAAUGAGAACUUAGAACAAGAGGAAGAACACCAGCUGGUGCAUAUUAUGGAAAGGUCUCCUUCAACAUCAGUGUCUUCAGUUGAUAUGAGAGUGAUGAUGUCUCCUUCCCCUGUACCAAGAAGAGAUGAGUUUUUUAGGCUUGAGGUUGGAGAACGCUUUAGACCAAUGUGUGGUUAUGACCCACAGAUGUUACAAAUGCUGAAAGAGGAGCAUCAAAUAAUAUUAGAAAACCAAAGAAAAAUUGGUCUUUAUGUCCAAGAAAAAAGGGAUGGUUUGAAAAGAAAGCAGCAAUUGGAAGAAGAACUGUUGCGAACAAAAAUCAAAGUAGAGAAGCUGAAGGCAAUACGACUACGCCGUGAUCUGCCAGAAUACAGCAAUAUCUAAAUAUUUUAUUACUUCUGUCAUAUUCUUUGAAAUACUUAAUAAUAAAUGCAAAAUUGUUUCUUAUGUUAAUAUGGAUGAAUCAAAACCUGGGCUUGAGACAUGAAAGCAUAUGUUGUUUAAGUACCAUAGAAAAAUACCUUGUGUGGGUUUGAAUGCUCCAACUCUUCUGGUCUAAAGUAUAGUCAAAUCCAUGUUUAAGUGUUUAGAUUGAUAAAAAUCCAAACUUUAAAAACAUUUCCACUUACCUCUAGAGUUUUGAUGAGCUAAUGGAAAUUUAAUUCAGUUCUUGUUAAAAAUUUUGGUCAUAUACAUUAUUUUUUCAAAUAGUCACCUUUAAUAUCUUAAUGAAGUUGCAGGUAAAUAAAUGCAUAUAAGAAGGAGAAAUAAGAGGCCAUGUUUAAAUGUUUUAUUCUUUUUAAUUUGGUAAAUCUUAUUACAGUAGUGACGUUUUGCUGAUAUAUCAGCUUGGAAAACAAAAUUACUGGAUUGUUAUAUUUUUUUAAUGUUCAGUAGACGGUUGAAUAAAUGCACAUCUUUUUAAAAGUUGAUACUUUUUAAUUGUUUCCAGUGGAGAAGUGUUUCCAUAGGAUGUUAUCAAAAUAGAGACAAUGAAUGCAACACUUGGUUUUUAAAACUGCAUGCAUGUGUAAUUUGUGUGUACAGUUACCAUGAUUGUGUAUUCAGUUAUAGUAAUUAUACUGGUGAUCAACCACAUAAAUAUCUACUUUGCUCAUUUGCAUGCAUAAUUACUGCAGUGCAUGUGCAACCAAGACAGUUGCAGGUGCCUUUGAUCAAUAUCACUAUGACUAUAAGCUACUGAAAUAAAAUAGUUUCUGUAUGUAAGUAA